UUUGCUGCCGCGGCUUGGAUUGAAGGAGGAAGAGGAGUCGAAAUCAAAAGUCAUGGAUCUCGGUGACAGGGUUUAUGCAGCUGAAAGAAUCACAAAGAAAAGAGAAAGACGGGGCAAAGUGGAGUACUUUGUAAAGUGGAAAGGCUGGAGUAAAAAAUACAAUACGUGGGAACCAGAAGAAAAUAUUUUGGAUGUCAGACUGAUUGAGCUUUAUGAAGAAAGUCAAAGAGGAGCGGAUAUAGCAACGAGAAGACCGAGGCGAAGGGAUACUAGAUAUAAUGAGCAGGUUCUGGCAAAUUUGGUAGUGGAGGAAGAGCCAGGCGGGGACGAGCGAGUCGGGGAGGACAGUCAGGACGAGUCGACAACCGGAAGUACCUCGACGGCGGUGGCAGCUUCGCGACUACUCAAUAAUAGUCGAAGAGGAGGAGGAGGAGGAGGAGGAGGAGUGACUGUUGGGUCCUUGGGCGGGGUAGUGGAGGAGGAGGAGGAGGAUGAUGAUGAGGAGGAGGAGGAGGAGGAAGAGUGUGACGAGACUCUGGCGAGUUCUCUUGACGGACACGAGUCGCCAGUGCCGACGGUGGCGCCUCGCGCGCAACAGCAGCAGCAGCAGCACCACCUGGUGAGCAAUAUCAGCAACUCGGCCACUUUGAGUGUCGUCGACUCGGACAGCUCGAACAGCAGUGCGGAGAUCCCGCUGCUGCCGAGGAAGGAGCCGGCCGGCACCAAGAGGAAGGCCGAGGCCUUCAGCAAGGAGUCGGGCAAAAUUGGCGUGACAAUCACGACAAGUAGUCCAAACAGCGGGGGCAGCACGAGUCCGCCUCCGAACAAACUGCCGAGGCUUCUCCCGAUCAAAGGAGCCAACAACCCUCCUUCCACUACCCCCACGUCGCCUUCUUCCUACAAUAGCAUGAAGGUGAACGGCAGGAGACCGUCCUCGUCGAGUGUGAAGUCGACACCCGAGGAGCCAUCACCGGCAGUCCCGACAACGCCCGCGCCCGCGACCGAAGACAAAACCCGUGAUGAGGCUGCUGCCGACGUUCCCCACGGUCCCUCACCCUCUCUGCCGCGUGCGCCUCCUCCUCCUCCUCCUCCCCCUCAUUCCCCCCACUCUCAUCCUCAAACUUCGCUCUCUUCGGAAAGCGAGACAGCCCUGCUAGAACCUUUGGCGAAAAAGCGUCCCGAGCGAGCGGACAAAUCCAGCAAUGGUCCGACGACACAAUUAAUAGCGACAGCAGCAGCAGCGGCGGCGGCGGCCGAAAGAAACGGCCACAAAUCGCCCAGUCCAACCGAUUCCUACACCAACAACAACAGGUUACUGCCCUCGAUUGUCAACGGUCAUCAUCACAGUAAUAAUAAUAAUAAUAGUAGUAGUAACAAUAACAAUAACAGCAGCAGCAACAACAACAACAAUAAUAAUAAUAAUAAUAAUAAUAAUAAUAGUCAUAAUAAUAAUAAUAAUAAUAAUAGUGUUGCCAGUAGUCAUAAUAAUAGUAGUAGUAGUAGUAGUGGGAGUGGAGGUGGGGUUGGUGGUAAAGUUGUCUCAAUGAUGAAAUCGGCAACGGCCGAUUAUGUGACAACAUCGGAAAUUUACAAUAUCCCGAUGACGAGUCCCGGGACGGAUUAUUGGCACUCGCGGAAUCCGGUCGCCGAUCAGGUUUUCAUCACCGAUGUCACUGUCAAUCUCAAGACCGUUACCAUUAGGGAGUGCAAGACUGAAAAGGGAUUUUUUCGCGAGAGAGAUCCGAAAAGUGAUGUUUGUUAACCGCCGCCAUCACCGGAUUAAAAUGGAACUAAAAAUGCGACAAGAAAAAAGAAAAUCGAUGAAAUAUUUUGUAAAUAUCUACUUAUUUAUUAUCGCACCGUCUUUUGAGUGAUUUUUAGCUUCUUCUUCUUCUUCUUCUUUCGAGAGUUUCAAAAGAGAGAGAGAGAGAGAGUUUUGUCUCUUCGUGCAAAGGCACCUUUUUUUUUUCUUUUUUUGAUCUUUGAUUUUUUAGUAAUCUGUUUAUUAUUAUUAUUAUUAUUAUUAUUAUUGGUUCGAGAUUUGAAAUUUAAUAUCUCGAUUUUUGAGUUACGAGUCAGGUUUCAUAGGGUUUUUGGAAUAAAUGUUUUUUUUUUUUUUGUUCUUUUUGCAGGAAAAUCAGAUAUCGCUCUAGAGAAUUUGAUGAAUUUAGGCUGUUUGAAAGAAUUCAGGAAUUCAAACAAGAAUUCAGGAAGUUAAAGAAUUGAGAUUUUAGAUAAAUUCAGAGGUUUUUAAAAAUUCAAGGAAUUGAAGAGUAUUGAGGGAUUUUUAAAUAAUUCAGGAGUUUUCUUUUAAAUUCAUGAAUUCGCAAAAGAAUUCAA